AUGGAAACAGCAGCUGUGCAAACAGCUGGCAAUGCAAUUGGACCUGCUGUAGCAGCUGGGAAGUGUAUAUGCAACUGGUUGAAACGCGAAUAUAGUUAUGUAAAACAUAUCAGCCUUAAUUUCGAGAAACUUGAGGAGGAGAAUAGCCGUCUAAGUGAUAAAGUGGCAGAUGUUCUGAACGAGCUGCAUUGUAAUGAAUCACGGAAGGAAAGCACAGUGGAAUGCAGAGGUUGGCUCCGACGGGUAAAAAACAUGCAAACUGAGAUUGAAAGACUGAAAAGUGAAUAUGCAAAAAUACCUCACACUUGCUUAUGUGGACUAUGGCAAUGUCCUGCUUUGCUUAAGCGUGUGGUGAAGAGGACAGAAGAUGCAGCUUCUCUGAAGGCUGAAUGGGGCCAAAUCACCACCAUGUGUGACAAGGCACCAACAGUAUGGAAUGAUGAUGGCUGGACAUUUUACCAUCCACCGCUUAGAAAUCAUAUGGAUAUGCUAAUAGAUUGGCUAAAUGAAGAGGGAUUUAAGAGAAUUUGCAUCAGGGGUCCUACGGGAGUAGGGAAAACAACAAUAAUGAAAAUGGUGCGCAAGAAAAUCCGUGAAUCUGGUUGGUUCGACUAUAUCUUUAAUGUGACCCAAAAAGAUAAAAGCAGCAUAUUGAGAGACAUACAAGAAGAAAUUUUGAGCUGCUUAGGCAAGAAAAUGGACAAAAAUGACCCUCCUGUUCGACCUGAGGUGAUAUCUAAGACGCUAAUGGGAAAGAAAUAUGUGUUGUUUCUUGAUGAACUUUCCUCGGCGGUUAAUUUUGAAGAAGUUGGGAUCAAUCAUGAGCAAGGGAAGGUGGUGUUUGCAUGCAGAGACAAAUAUGAUGGUUGCACUGAGAAGGAGAUGGACGUGCAGGUAUUGUCCAAGGAGCAUGCUAGAAAGCUGUUUUGGGAAGUAGUGGGUCCAGAUCGAGAUCUUGAGAAGAACACAGCAAUCAAACAAAUUGCAGAAAAAAUUAUCGAUUUGUGUGAUGGCAUGCCACCUAUACUCAUAUCAAUAGGAAAACAACUGGCGGGGAAGAAUGAAAUUGCACUGUGGCGGGAAAAGAAGUCCCAAUUGCAGUCACCAAAAAUUAAUCGAGAUUAUAUAAUUGAUCGCUGGGCAGCAGAGCAUUUUUUGGAAUGCCAAAGGCUUUCGAAAGUACGUGACAGAGGGCAUGCUAUACUAGAUUGGUUCACAGAAAAUUUUCUACUGGAAAAGGGAGAAAAGUUGGGGCACCUCAAGAUGUUUGUGGGUUUCCAAAGGGCGGCAUUGAGGAUUGCAAAUGAGGAAGAAAGUCAAAGUUCUCUUGUUGAAAAUGGUGAAACCAUUGAAUUUCACAAAUGGAUGCAAGCAAAAAGAGUCUCAUUGGCUUGUACUCAGCUGUCCUCCACCCUGCCACCAAAUCCCAAAUGUUCCAGAUUGUCAACAUUGUUAAUUCAUGAAAAUAGGUUGCCAGAAAUUCCAAAGCAAUUCUUUAAAUAUAUGUCUGGCCUUCAAGUUCUGUGCUUAAGGGAAAAAGGAAUCAGUGGACUUCCUUCAUCCAUCUCCCGAUUAAGAAACCUCAAAGGGCUCUUUCUAGACAACUGUAGUUGUUUAGUAGUGCUUCCUCCUCAGAUAGGUCAUCUCCAGAGUCUUGAAAUCCUUGAUGUACGUCAUACUGGGAUCUAUUAUUUGCCGAGUGAGAUUGGACAGUUGGGAAAUCUCAAAUGUUUGAAAGUUUCGUUCACAGUAGGAAACAAUUUGACUGUUAAUUCUGGCAACUGCUGUCAGAAAGGAAAAGAUGAAAGGAUAAUUCGUAGAAAAAUUAUUAAAAAGCUUUCUAAACUAGAAGAGCUGAGUAUUGAAGUGAGUCCUAAUAGCAGAAGAUGGGAUGCCGAUGCUGAUGCAGUUGCGAAGGAAAUCACCAUGUUGAAAAAAUUGACACAUCUUCACUUCCACUUCCCUCAAAUGGAGUCUCUUGACCAUUUCAUCCGGAAUAGCGAAUCAUGGAAAGCAAAUGGAGAAACUGGGGAAUUUGAAGGCUUCAGAUCUUUCAACAUCUCUGUUGGUCAACAAGGAAAUAGCUCGGCAUCAGACUUUAAUGCCUUUGAAUGCUCAGCUGAAAAGCAUCUGAAGUUUUUUGCCUUUUCAGCAGGAGUUGAAUUUCCUGGGGCUGUUUCUGAGGUACUUAAACAGGCAACUUCAUUCGAGCUGAUUGGUCACGGGACUGCUGGCAGCUUAACGGAUGGCCUUCCUGAUGAUACAUUGGAAAAGCUGGAAGUUUGCAUCAUUGAGGGAUGCGAUGAGAUGACGAGCAUCAUAAAAGGAAAUACAAAUACAACAGGAGGAGCAUUCCGUUGCCUGAAAAAGCUACAUAUAAAAAAGCUCCGAAACUUGGUGAGUAUCUGGAAGGGCACAAUAGCAUCUGAAAGCUUCAGUGCACUAACGACUCUGACAUUAAAAGAAUGCCAAGGUAUAACGAAACUUUUCUCACUAGAGGUGGUCAGAAAGCUGUGUAAGCUACAAAAUCUUCAAGUUGAGGACUGUGCAAUGAUUGAAAAGAUUAUUGAAGCUGAAAGUUCAGUCGAAUCCACGGCCUUUCCCAGUCUGAAGAAUUUCCAACUAUGUAGCUUGACAAGCUUGUCUUCCAUUUGUGAUGUCCCAUUAGAAUGUCCCUCUUUGGAGAGAAUACUUAUCAAGACGUGUGAAGCACUAACAACUUUACCAAGUGUCCUACAAAAAGCUCCCAAACUGAGAGAAAUUCAAUGCGCUGAAGAUUGGUGGCAUCAACAGAAAUGGCCAAAAAACGAAACUGGAGAGCAAGUCAGAACUUUUCACCUUCACUUCUGCUAA